AUGUUAAAAAAAAAACAAAAAAUUAAUAAUGAUAUUAAUAAUAGAAUAUUUUCUAAUUAUUUAGAAUUACAAAUUAUAUUAAAAUUAAUUGAUUAUUUAUUAAUAAAAAAGAAAAUAAUAAAUGAUAAUAAUAAUAAUAAUAAUUUAAAUUAUUAUUCAAUUAAAAAAUUAUUUUUAAAUGAAAAUGAAAUUUUAAUUUAUUCAAAAGUUUCAAAAAGAUGGUAUAAUACAAUAUCAUUAGUUAUUUCAAAUAAUAUUUUAGAUAAUGAAAAUAAUUAUAAUAAUUUAAAAAAUUGGUUUAAAUUAAAUAAUGUAGAAAUGAUUACAUUUAAGAGUUUUAAAUUAAAAAUAAAUCAAAAUUAUUCAUUAAUUAAAAUUGAAAAGAAAUUAUUAGAUAAUUAUUUUUUAAAUCAAGUUUUAAUAAUAAAUUAUGAAAAUAAUUAUUAUAAUCACUAUGAAAAGAAAAGAAUUUUACCAACUAUUGAAAAAUUAUUAAAAUUUAAAAAAUUAAUAUUUAAUAUUGAUUUUAAUGAAAAUAUUCAAAAGUUUAUAAAAGAAUUUCAAAAUGAAGAAAAUAUAAAUAAUAAUAUUGAUUAUGAUAAAGUUAUAUUUAAUAAUAAUAAUGAAUUUAAUUUUAAUAUAUUAUUAGAUAUUGAUUCAAAUCAAUUAAAAGCAUUUGAUAAUUAUAAUUAUGAUCAAAACGAAUUAAAUUGGAAUAAAAUUAUAAAUGUUAAUAAAUUAAAUAUAUUGGGUGGUAAUAAUAUUGAUAGUUAUGAUAAUAAUAAUCAUAAUUGUUAUGAUUAUGAAGAAAAAAUUGAUUUAAAAUAUAUAAACCAAUACUUUUUACCAAAGUAUUUAAAAUAUGAUGCAAAUUCAAUAAAUUAUGAUGAUGAAAUGGUACAUAUGAAUUAUUCACCAAUAUUUUCAUCAAAUUUAAUUGGUAAUCAAAUUAAAUCAAUUAAAAUUAAAUCAAAUGACCAUGUUGAACCAUUUUAUUUAAAAAAUUUAGGUCAAUUAUUGAAUUUACAAACUUUAUCAAUACCAAUUUCAUUUCAUGAAAUUAUUAAAUAUUUAGAAUAUAAUUUAAAUCAAGAUCAACAUAAUAAUAAUAAUAAUAAUAAUAAUAAUAAUAAUAAUAAUAAUAAUAAUAAUAAUAAUAAUAAUAAUAAUAAUAAUAAUAAUUGUAAUGAAUAUUAUCCAAAAUUUAAAAAUUAUUUAAAUAUUUUAAAUGAUUGGAAUGAAAUGAUUGAAUCAUUUAUAAAAUUAAUAGAAUUAAAAAAUUUAAAAAAUUUAACUUUAAUAAAUUUUUGUGAUAAUGGUUUAAAUUGUUUUAGUUCAUCAAAUUUUAAUAAACUUGAAAAUUUAAAUUCAUUUCAAAUUAUUAUAAAUUCAUUAAAUAAAUUAAUGAAAUUUUCAAUUAAUAAUUUAAAUUGUUUAAAAUUAGUAAAUUUUGAUUUUAUUAUUAAUUCAAAAUUGUUUUUAUCAGAAUUAGAAAAUAAUGACAAUAAUUCAAAAAAAUUAAAAAUUUUAAUUUUUAAAUUUAAAAAUAUAUUAAAAGAUUUUGAAAGUGUUGAAAAAUUUUUUACAUCACCAAAUUCUACAAUAAAUCAUUUUAAAAUAUCAAUUUAUAAUGAUUUACAAUUUCAAUUAAUAAAUUAUUUUUUUACAACCCUAUUAAAAUAUAAAGAUCAACUCAACAAUAAUUUAUAUUCAAUCUCUGUUUCAUUCAAUAAAAAAAUUCAGUUUAAUCAAUUAAUUAACUUUAUUAAUUCAUUAUCUUUUUCAAAAAAAGUUAAAGAAUUUAAUUUAAAAAAUUUAAAUAAUAUAAAAAUUAAUCAAAAAAUGACUCUUAUUGAAAAUAUCCAAAUUUCUGAAAAAAUAAUAUUUUUUAAAAUUUGUUGGAUUUUAUAA